UAUUUUGAUAAAAACAGGUGUGGUUUUGGGUGUGGCUAAAAUAAAAUGGCUGUCAAGUGCAUAUUCUUCAGUGAGUUUGAUCCGGUAGCUGGCCCCGUUAUUAGUUACCAGGUGCCCCAGGAGUUCCCCAUAAGGGAAGCAUUUGAUGCAGUACACGAUCUGAUAAUAACCAAACCCCAGCUGUACGACCGACUGAUAUCAGUUGACGCUGGGGGCUAUCGGAUUGUUGGUUGUCCUAAGUCUAUAGAGGACAACAGAUACGCUCGUAACGCCCUCAUAUUCAACUUUGUUCUUGUUUUUGAUGAAGACACUGACACUACUUAUUAUGAACCAGUUGUACAGAAACUGGGAGGAGCUUUUAGAACAUACGAGUUAGAGAGUCAUUUUUUAUCCACCAAAUCAUCAAAAUCAACAAUACCUUCGAUACUAACACAAUUACUGAUUAGAUUGAACUCAACUGGGAUUUGUAUCAUUAGAAUAGAUGAUACUAAUACUCUUCGUCUGAAGGUUUCUCCUAAUGUAAAGGACCCUCCGUUAGUCUGUGACCAUCAUGUGCCAGUCUUCACUCAAUCCUCUUGUCAGUUCAAGCAACUGGUGAAGGACCUGGUGGCUCAAGAGAUAAUUGAAUAUGUGAAUGGGUUCAAUCAUGUUGCUAAGAUAUCUCACCUUUCUGAAGUGAGCCCUGUGAUAGUCAAGGAAUGCAUCCAGGAUUUAGUGAUUUUUGGAUUUGUUAAAUUACUAAGCAUCUUUCAGUAUUGUAAUGUCUAUGUACCAACUCAAAAGCUACCUCAACUAAUGACUGAGGAAGAAUUACAGACAAGAUGUCUUCAGUUUGUAUCACUUGGAGAUACGAGACCAAAGUUAGCAGACGUCUUUAGAAUCCUGUGCAGUUUGGAAGCUGGUUUGAGUGUCAAGGACUUGUGCUUUAGGAAUGAUCCAAGAUCAAUGAGCAUUGAUGAAAGGAAACUGAUACAGUUUGGGAUCAUGGAAGGGCUGAUUCAUCACUUACAGAAAUAUCCAGUACUGAACAGGGAGAAUAGUGAUAUACCUACUGAGCUACAACCAUUAAUCAAAUAUUUGGAUGGAUCCCAUUGUUUUGAUGAGAUAUGCUGCUCCUUGGGCGUGUCCAAUCAAACUUUAGAUGAAUUAAUUGAUAAAUGUAUUGACAUUACUGUGUGCUGGAAAUAAAUUUAUAAGGAAGUGUAUAUAAGCUAUAGUCUUGCUGACCAA